AGGACGCGGUGACGUCACACGCCGCCCGCCGCGAUGGCGCUGCUGCAGGAGCCGCUGGUCGUGUCCUCGCUGCGCCUGGGACCCCGCGAGUUGCUGGGCGCCGCGAGUUGCGGGACCCCGGGCGCGCCGGAGCUCGCGCUCCUCACGAGGUCCCCCCGCAGCGUCUCCCUCAUCAAGGUAUCGGAGCAGAAGCCACUUGGCACAUGGAGCUUGCGGCAGGGCCAGAGCAUCACAGGACCCGCCAUCUACAACCCUCUCACCGCAGAGUACAUCCUCGUGCAAGACAAGAAGACACUAAGAAUUUGGAAAGAUGAAGAUGUUAAUCUUGACAAAGUCUUCAAGGCCACCGUGUCGGCGGAGAUUCACAGCCUUGUGCCGGGCGUGUGUGGCGGCGAGCCGGCCGUUCUGUUCGAGGGGGGGGCCGUGCUGCCCCUCGACGUGCUGCUCUCUGCCCCCCAGCAGCCCGUGGAGGCUUCGCUCCCGCAGGGCGAGGUCAUCAGGUAUUGCAAGCCCAUUGGUGACGAACAGACAAAGCUUGUUGUGUAUUUAAGUGAAAAGGAUGAGGUCUUUACUUUCCACGUGCACAGCCUCAACAACUCCAGUGCCAAGCGGAAGCUCCUGCUGCGACCGGGGCAUUCUGGAGCCCGACCAUUGGCUCACGAUGUCAGCCUCCAGCAGGGAAGAGUGCAGCUCACGUCGUUGUGUAGCGAUGGUGGCUUGUACAGGGCCGAGGUUCCACUUGGCUUCGCGGGGGAUGAUGGACAGACUGGGAUGAUGACCACUGACCUGCUGAUGAAGCUGCCUGCCUUUGAGGUCGUUUCAGAGGUCGUUUCCCUGGCAAUGCUGGAUGAGUCGCACGUGGUGGUGGCAGGGGUGAGGCACCCAUACGAGCUCUCCGUUAAAGGAGCCCUGUCUGUGUGGAACACACAGUUUCAGACCUUGCAGGACUGGAAGAGUCUUCCAGGCAGUGAGACAGCCUGCGGACGGCUGUGGCGUGUGUCUAAUCAGCUGUUCCUGGCGCAUGGCAAAACCCUGCUGGUGAGCGCGUUCACCUGUGAGCCCACUUGCCUUGCCUUGGCCCUGGGCAAGCAGCACCAGCUGCUCCACACAGACACAAAACCAAGCCCGACACUGGUCAACUGGUACGCGCAGCCUGUGAAGGACGAGCAACCAAAGCCAAAGAGAAGCAGGAAGUCUCAGACAGUGGCACAAAAGGAGCCUGUCACAGCCGAGUCUGUGCUGUCACUCAUGCAGGACGGCUCGGAUGACCAGAUCUGCACGGCGUUAGAGUCUGUGCUGUGCUCAUGCCCCGCUCCGGACGUGGCGGCCUUGGCGGGUCGUCUGGCACGUGAGCUGGCAGCAGCGGCGACGACGGUGCGGUCGCGCGACGCCGACUCGUUCCACCCGCGGCGCUCGCUCGUGUGUCUGGCGAGCACGGGCGCCCUUUCACACAGCGCGUGUCCCGGGGUGUUGAGUUUGGCGCUGGAGCGGAGGGAUUUUUCCCUACUGCAGAAGUGUCUCUUCGCGUUUCCCGACACCCCCGAAGCCCUGCUCAUCACCAGCCUCAAGGCCAUCCUCGGACUCUCAGACUCUGAGCUGGAGGCCUGCACGGUGGACGUGUCGGGGGUCACAGGCUGCCUGGCGCAGGUGGAGGGUGCGGCGGGCGGCAGGCGCAAGUCGGGGCCUCCCCACGCGGCGACCAACGGCACCGCGAAUGGCGGCGGCGAUGACAGUGGCGCGGAUGGGGCGGCGGCGACGCCUGCGAGGGACAACGAGGGAGACUCGGACUACGAGUCCGGCGGGGACAAGUUUUCGGCCGACUGGAGCUGCCGGCCGCUCAUGUGCCCCCUGCCGCUCAAGCAGGCCGCCCUCGUUAACGCCGUCCUCUGCUCAGCCUUCAGCGACAACUUCAUGCUGCCCUACCUGAAGGAUCUGCAAGCGGAGCAUGUUGUGCGCUUGCUCCAGUAUCUCCAGUUCCUGCUCAACCAGUGCUCGCAGACCAAGGAUGGAAGGCUGGGGAAUGCCGAUCCAGAUAUGGAGCAGGUCCUGCAGUGGAUAUCACUACUGCUGGACGCUCACUUCACCAUGCUGCUGCUCACGCCGCAAGCAAAGCCACUCCUCUACACCAUGCACAAGUUCGCAAUCACGCAGGUGCGACUUUGUGGGGAGCUGAACAAGAUGGCAGGCGUGCUGGAGAGCUUUAAGAAGAGGGGGACGAGAGAUUUGUCUGAUCUGUACUCUAUUGAAGUCCUCUGCCUUUGAGAUACUUCACCAGUACCUUGCGACUAAACGCAGGGCUCUCGCUAAAAUGACGUUGUGUACAGAAUUGUGUACUGUGCCUAGUAUGCAUGUAACAAUUAAUCACCCUCCAGACAAAUCGAUUAAUUAGAUUCCUGGGUUUCAGGUUCUCAGUGAGCCAAUUACAACAUGAAUAACAGUACAACUGCGUAUUUAUGAAUCUGAAGCUGGUGAAUAAAUGCAUCGUAACAUGCCAAAUGCCUAUGACCAAAUCAUCUGGAAUGAAGCCGAUCUCACGAGCUAAGCAAUGUCGAGCCUGGCUAGUGCUUGUAUGGGUUAGCAUAAUUCACAAACUGGUUGCCUUCGGGCUGUAGGAUGAACAGAUCAGCACAUCUGCUCUCCGCUGCUUCAACCUGCAGCGACCAGUUGGAAGUAUGGUCAAAUCAUGGUGUGGCGAGACCCUCGUUCAGGAGUGGACUGGUAAAAGGCUAAUGUCUAAUUCCUAUCAAGUGUUCAAUCCACUUCAUGGCAAUAUGAACAAUGUUUUCACUUCAUUAUUCAUGCACAUUUAUAUCCCUGAUUCACCCCCACAAUAGUUGUAAAAAGUUAUACAUAAUGUAAGCAGUUUUCCUGAAGACGACUGCUUGUGUUGCGAUCGAAACGUAGUUUUUUUGUUAUUUUUGGUUAUUUUCUUUGAACCUAUCUACGCGACUACCAAAAUACCCAAGAAUAUAAUGUAAGAAAAUGUUUGUAUCUGUGAAAGUUCACUGCAAAUAUUUAAAAGUAAACCCUAUGUACAGCAAUGUUGCUGCAAUAAAGGUGUAAUAAAUGUA